AUGGUUCGAGGAACUGCCAGUGCUCUGAGCGCGGUGGCGUGUGUGGCGUGCCUGCUGCACAACGUUGCCGGCUUCGUUGUUGGACCGACCCCCACCGCUCGCGGGUCCUUCACACGUGUCAACCGGGCCAGCUCCGCUGCUGCUGUGUCCCGAGCUCCGGGCACCUUGGCGCCGGCGGCGGCUGCUCGCACCCAGGUGGGACAUGCCUCGGCGGUGCUGCGCUCGUCUAGUGCUGGGCGGGAGAUGACGAUGGCUGCCGGAGGGAAGAAGACAUGUAUUAUCACCGGAGCCUCCUCAGGGAUCGGCCUGGAGGGAGCCAAGUUCCUCGCAGCCUCGGGAGACUGGCACGUGAUCUUGGCCGUCCGAUCCUUCGCGAAGGCCGAGGCAGGGGCCAAGGACUUGGGCAUGGACCCCUCGACGUACACGGUGAUGAACCUGGACCUGGCCUCGCUCAACAGCGUCAGGAAUUUCGUGGCGGAGAUCAAGGCCGCCAAGGUUAAACCCGACGCGCUCGUUUGCAACGCUGCCGUCUGGCACCCCAAGGACAAGAAGCCGCGACGGACGGCCGACGGGUUCGAGGAGGCGAUCGGCGUGAACCACCUCGGGCACUUCCUGCUCGUGAACCUGCUCAUGGACGAACUGAAGCAGUCCCGCGUCGUCUUCAUCGGCACGGAGACGCACAACCCUGGAAGCAUCGCGGGAAAGAUUCCCCCCCAGGCCCACCUGGGAGACCUGGACGGGCUCGCCAAGAACGAACCGAUGAUCGACGGUGUCAAGUACGAGCCCACCAAGGCUUACAAGGACUCGAAGGUGUGCAACGUCCUGAUGAUGAGGGAGAUGAACAAGCGUUACUCGUCCGGAGGCAUGGUGGUGAGCGCGCUUUUCCCCGGGUGCAUCGCGGAAUCCCCGCUGUUCCGCGAGAAGCGAGGGUGGUUCCGGGCCGGAUUCCCAGUGUUCCAGAAGUUCGUCACCAGGCAGCUGGUUUCCGUCGAGGAGGCCGGACGGCGUAUGGCGGACGUGGUAUCCUCGGACAAGUUAUCGUCUUCCGGCACGUACUGGCGGUGGAAUGGGCAGGACGCCGAGGCGACCGCGAGGGAAAAUGUUGUCUCCGACGAGGCCAUGGAUGAGGCGCGAUGCGAAAAGCUCUGGCAAAUCAGCUCAGACCUCGUGGGGAUCUAAGUCGUCUCUAAAGGCUUGUCCAGGCGAUUAAAUCGCCUAAAUCGUCUCUGGGCUAAAUCAGUCGAGGCGGUUUGUUUAAGACCCAUUUUUGACCUCUCACUCGGUUAGGGUUUUUGAGUUAAUUCAAGUCCGGGGGGGGGGGAGGCUUUUUUUUGAAAUAUACCUAUAACCAAAGAAGACUGCCCGUUCGAGAUAAGAGCACUGCAGUCGAAGUGGUUUCUCUUUCUUGGAACGCAGCAAAUAUUGCCGUGUUUUUUUACCCAAAUACUCGGAGAUAAAAAAAAUCAGGCUGUUCGUGCUGUUCGUUUAGCCGUGCGCUUGCUUGCUUGCAGCGAUCGAUCUCACGCCCUCAAAGAGCAGUUGGUGUUUCGGACUGUGUGGUGGACGAGCCUCUUGUCAGAUCCAGAUGCAGCAUAUGACGUUCGCUUCAUGGGCGUCAAAUUGUUGUAUGGAUGCCGUUUUCAACUGGGGGGGGGGGCUUGCGAGAACCAGCAGCACCUAAUCUGGAGCUUUCGAGCAAGGACGGCUCUAGAGAACUGGCCUGAUCUUGCUAGGGGCGCCUGAUUUUUUUCAGCGUGUUGAUGAAGAGAGAACACGUUAGAUGUCGACAUCCCAAUCUGUAUCUUGCGUUCGGGGUCAGAGCCUCCGAAUCAGCUAGACAUGGAAGUACCUCAGAGAAGCCCGGUCUCACGUUGGUUGUCCUCGACAUCCUACUAGGCAGAGCUCGUCGGAAUGUCGGUGAUUGUGUACAGGUGGAUAGAGGUGGGUGCGUGCGACGCGGCCUAUCUCGAACCAUGGGUUAGGACUUCUGUUGGUGGACGCUCAUGCUUUCCCCUCAAUGUGUGGAGUCUUGUGAAGACCCAUGCAUGGAGCGUUUUCGUAUGUUGCGGAGAUCCAUUCAGUCGGAAGCGCGCUGUUCCGGAGAUCUGAUCUACGGGAGUUCUUUUUUGUUUUUUUCAAUACGAGAUGAAGGUUUCCACCUGUGUCUCGAUCCGGAUGCACACACGGCAGCGGCAGAGUUGGUCCCCAAGUGUGGGGUUGACAUGGCGUUCGUUUAGUGCGGCAGUCAGUAAGGUUGGCAUUGGAAGAGCUUGCUUUGGAUGGAACCUGAAAUGAAACGUGCUCUUCGUCUACCGCCCUGGAUUUGGUGUGUGGUUAGUUUGUGCGAUGUCGUCGUGCUUUAUUCUCGCGGAAAGAUUUCAGGCUUGAUGCGGGGUCGCGCUAGUAGUCGUUGUUAGAUGGGAUCGUGGUUAUGAUGGUGAUCGAUCUCCUGGUGUCAUUUUUUGUCCGUUUUGUGUUGUUGGUUGGUUUGGUUUGGAUACCGCGGGGAAGGUGGACUUUACGCGUUCUCUGGGUAAAAAGGGGGGAGGAAGGGAGAGAGAUGAACAAGCUUUUCUUUUU